GCGUGUCCUGCACAGUCACUGCACAUGGGCUUUGGAUGUGUUCUGGGUGGAGACGUCUCCUUGUGACUGGAAAUACCCCUCGGCCCCAUCAGCAGGGCAGGGCCAGGGUGGAAUCAGGAGGAUGCUGAUGUAGGGAGGCAGCUGCUGGGUCUUGUACAAGGACUGGACUUGGGACUGUGCAAUGUAGGCAGCACAGGGUCCAGGCAGAGCCUUCGCUCAGGAGCAGAGCCAUCAAUAGCGAGCUCCACUGCAACCACUACAGGGCGACACCAAACACCACCGGGAGAGCGACCGGCGUUACCCGGCUGCUGUAUAAACUGCUGCUCUUCUUCCUUUCCCCAGGGGCAACGUCUGCCACGACAGGUAUGAGUCAGAGCACAUCCAGCAUCACCGCUGCCGAGGCCACCACGACCUCCAACUCUGCUGCCACUGUGAGCCCCAGCUCCGCUCCCACGGAGACCCCCAACACCGCUGGCACCGCAAACCCCAGCUCUGUGGCCACCACGACCUCCAACUCUGCUGCCACCGUGAGCCCCAGCUCCGCUCCCACGGAGAUUCCCAGCUCCACUCCCAGUGCAACCCCCAGCUCCCCCCUCACUGUGAACCCCACCUCUGCUGCCGCCUCGAACCCCACCUCUGCUACGAAUACGGCGCCCACCUCCCCUGACACAUCAAUCCCCAGCUCCCCUGACUCUUCAACCCCCAGCUCCACUGCCACCUCGACCCCCAGCUCCCAUACCACUGAGACCUCCAGCUCUGCUGCCAUCUCGACCCCCAGAUCCCAUACCACUGAGACCUCCAGUUCCGCUGCCAUCUCGACCCCCAGCUCCCAUUCCACUGAGACCUCCAGCUCUGCUGCCAUCUCGACCCCCAGAUCUCAUUCCACUGAGACCUCCAGCUCCGCUGCCAUCUCGACCCCCAGCUCCCAUUCCACUGAGACCUCCACCUCCGCUGCCACCUCGACCCCCAGCUCCCAUUCCACUGAGACCUCCAGCUCUGCUGCCAUCUCGACCCCCAGCUCUCAUUCCACUGAGACCUCCAGCUCCGCUGCCAUCUCGACCCCCACAACCCCCAGCUCCACACCCGCCACGACUGACAACUCCACUCCCACCUCAACCCCCAACUCCAUCCCCACCACAACCAACUCCACUCCCACCUCAACCCCCAGCACCACCCCCACCACAACCAACAACUCCACUCCAACCAGUGUCACAACCCUCAGCUCCACUCCCACCACAAGUCCUAGCUCCACUCUCACAAUGACCCUCAGCUCCACCACCACAACCGACAAUUCAACUCCCACCUCAACCCCCAGCUCCAUCCGCUCCACAACCGACAACUCUACUCCCAUCUCAACCUCCAGCUCCACUCCCACUACGACUGACAACUCCACUCCCACCUCAACCCACAGCUCCAUUCCCACCACGACCGACAACUCCACUGCCUCCUCAACCCCCAGCAAAACCCCCACCACGACCGACAACUCCACUCCUAUCUCAACCCUCAGCUCCACUCCCACCAUGAUCCCCACCUCCACUCCCAUCUCAACCUCCAGUUCCACUCCCACCACGACUGACAAGUCCACUACCUCCUCAACACCCAGCUCUACUCCCACCACGAUCGACAACUCCACUCCCUCCUCAACCCCCAGCACCAAUCCAACCACGAUCGACAACUCCACUCCCAUCUCAACCUCUAGCUCCACUCCCACCACGACCGACAACUCCACUCCUAUCUCAACCCUCAGCUCCACUCCCACCACGAUCCCCACCUCCACUCCCACCUCAACCCCCAGCACCACUCCCACCACAACCAACAACUCCACCCCAACCAGUGCCACAACCCUCAGCUCCACUCCCACCACGAUCCCCACCUCCAUUCCCAUCUCAACCUCCAGUUCCACUCCCACCACGACCGACAACUCCACUCCCAUCUCAACCUCCAACUCCACUACCACUACGACCGAAAACUUCACUCCCACCUCAACCCCCAGCUCCAUCCCCACCUCAACCCCCAACAACACCCCCACCACGACCGACAACUCCACCCCAAUCAGUGCCACAACCCUGAGCUCCACUCCCACCACAAGUCCCAACUCCACUUUCACGAUGACCCCCAACUCCUCUACUACAUCCACCCCCAGUUUCAGUCCCACAACAAUCCCCAGCUCCUCUGCCACAUCAACCCCCAGCUCCAUCCCCACCACAACUGACAAUUCCACCCCACCUCAGCCCCCAGCUCCACCC